UCUGCUGUGACAGUCAGCAGGACAGGAUGGAGCUCGCAGGUUUCCUCCUCACACUCUUCUGUCCCAACAGAUCUCAGUUCUUUAAGUACGAGUCUUUCUCUCUGAGCUGUGACGGCGGCAGGAAGUCGUCUGGGUGGAGAGUGAUGGCCAAAACGGUCCGAGGGGUCUCCGAGUGCGGGCGUGACCGGGGCCACGUGCAGGCGUCCACCUGCCUCAUCAAUGAAGCGUACCAGUGGAACAGCGGGGAGUACUGGUGUGAGUCCACAUCUGGAGAGAGAAGUCCAGCUGCCAACAUCAUCGUCACCGGUUAUGACGUGAUCCUGGAGAGUCCCGUGGUUCCUGUGAUGGAGGGCGAAUCGGUGACUCUGCGCUGCUCAACCCAAAGCAACUCGUCCAACCUGCGAGCCAGCAUCUUCAGGAGGAACGGGUCUCUGGUGGGCGCAGCGAUCACGGGGCAGAUGAUCAUCCCUGCGGCCUCCAGGUCGGAUGAAGGCCUCUACAUGUGCACGAUCCCGGAGGUCGGGGCGUUGGCGAAGAGCUGGCUCGCCGUCAGAG